CGUAAGAUGGCCGUUAAAUGUCGAUUGCUUUGUGACGUCUGUGACCACGUGUCUGUUACAGUUACUAACAUGUACAGUCCUGUGGAGUCUCGUUUAGAGCUUAGCCAGUCUGAUUGAAAAGGAAGUCUUCGUAAAAGGGAGAGUGUGUCAAAGUAAGGGCACUCCAAAGUGUAGGACACACCUACAAGACCAUGGGACGCUCUUCGAAGGACAAGCGAGACAUCUAUUACCGUCUGGCCAAGGAGGAGGGCUGGCGUGCUCGCAGUGCGUUCAAGCUCCUGCAGCUGGACGAGGAAUUUAAUCUGUUCCAAGGAGUAAGCCACGCCGUGGAUCUAUGUGCAGCACCAGGAAGCUGGAGCCAGGUCUUGAGCCGGAAACUGCGUGGGGAAGAUGGGAAGAAGUCCGAUGCCAAAAUAGUCGCUGUGGAUCUGCAGGCCAUGGCACCCCUGCCUGGUGUCAUUCAACUGCAGGGAGACAUAACUAAGGUCUCCACAGCUCAGGAGAUCAUCAAGCACUUUGAAGGACAGCCAUCAGAUUUGGUGGUCUGCGAUGGAGCUCCAGAUGUCACAGGACUGCAUGACAUCGACGAGUACAUUCAAGCACAGCUGCUUCUGGCGGCCCUGAAUAUCACCAGCCACGUGCUGAAGCGGGGAGGCACGUUCGUGGCGAAGAUUUUCCGUGGCAAGGAUGUGACGCUGCUCUUCUCACAGCUCAAGGUCUUCUUCCCACUCGUGACAUGUGCCAAGCCCCGCAGCAGCCGCCACUCCAGCAUAGAGGCGUUUGUGGUAUGCCAGAACUACGAUCCUCCGGAAGGUUACAUCCCCAACAUGUGCAACCCCUUGCUCGACCAUGAAUACGAUGUGGACUUUAACCAACUGGAAGGACCCAACCGGGUCAUAGUGCCGUUCCUAGCAUGUGGGGACCUCAGCGCCUACGACUCCGAUCGCACCUACCCACUGCAGCUCGAGGACGGCAAGCAGUACGUGUACACGCCGCCAACGCAGCCGCCCAUCAACCCACCCUACCGUGAGGCCUGCAGCCUUCGCAAGAACAACCUGCUCGCCAGGGAAGAGCAGCCGACGACGGGCUCGACCCCUAGUGACCUGAGCCCGUUGCGAGAGCAGGGCGAUGGCGCCCGCUGUGCAGGCAACGCGAGCAUUCGGCAGGAGGGAGGCACGACCGACGAAGUUGUGCAAGGGCCAUCGUUGGGAGCUGAUGCUGAAGCUGAACUGGCCGAGGUGGCAGAGGGCGGAGGGCAGGCGUGCGGCGGUUUGGUUGAAAUGAUGGAAAACGUGCGAAAUAUAUCUUUGUGAAGGACAUUGCCAUAUUUGUUCUGCCUUUAACUGCGUAUUAAGUGUUUUCGAAUGUAGCCGAGGGGAUGGGUAAUUACGGACAUAUUGGAAAAAGACGACAACAGUGAGUUCCUGGGUAAGGCUGGAGCAAGCUACAUGUUUCACAGAGGAGAGACGUUAAUUCGGUUUAAGCACGUCGCAGCCCACUUACUGUGACACUUCCGUCUUUGGAAUGCAUUUUGUGCACUUCGAUCUUAGGUGCUGGGAGCUGAAGACAACUGCAACAACCCACGUAGUACUAUUUAUUUCACACUCAACUUUUGUGCUGGAGUAUGUUAGUUGAUCUUAUUUCGCACCGUACAUAGUCAACUGUGCUAAUCGGAGGUGCGAGUCAUUCCUUCUUCCUCCUGCCUGGAGCCUGAAAUCAACAAGGGGCAUACAGUGUCUUGCAACAUCGUUUUUAUUCUAAUAUUUUUUUAAAAUAAUACUGAGAUUAUUUUGGGCUUGUAAAGUACAAUGUGUAAACAAAAUGUUGGAUACAUUUGUGUGAAAGAAAUAAGUUAUUGUAUUGCGAGUGUAAGGGUUAUUAAAGCUAUGAAUACAUGG